AUGGCCACGGCAGAGGUUCUUCCGAAUGUGAAGCACAUCGGUCCAACUUCCAAUAAGGCAUAUCCUGAGACAAAAGUCGAGGAAUUUCGUGACCCUGCUAACUUAGCCUUCGAUCCUGCUGAGCUUGCCGCAAAGUACAAGGAGGAGCGAGAUAGGCGCCUGGCUGCUGGCGGUGGUCUCGCACAAUACAGAUUUGCAGAUGGUGACCUAAGCCACUACUUAAUAGACCCUUGGGUAAAACCCGGUUUCCAGAGAGACCCCAUCGACGAGAAUGUCGAGGUCGCAAUCAUGGGCGGUGGAUAUGGAGCUCAAUUAGUCGCUGUUAGACUGAUCCAGGCUGGUAUCACGAACAUCAGGAUGAUUGAGAAAGCUGGCGACUUCGGAGGCACAUGGUAUUGGAACAGAUACCCAGGCGCUCAAUGCGAUAUAGAAUCGUACAUCUACAUGCCUCUGCUCGAAGAACUCGACUAUAUGCCUACUGAGAAAUACGCACAUUCAAAAGAACUUCUGGAACACGCCGAGCUAAUAGGACGUCACUGGGACCUCUACUCCAAAGCGCUCUUUCAGACCGAGGUUCACAGCAUAACGUGGGACGAGGAAACCAAGACUUGGUUGACCAGGACGAGUCGUGGCGACACAAUCCGCUCCAGAUACGUGGUUCCGGCAGCAGGACCUUUACACCGUCCUAAGCUUCCAGGCUUGCCCGUUGAAAAAUUCCGAGGUCACAGCUUUCACUCAGGCAGAUGGGACUACAAAUAUACAGGCGGUGACAACCUCGGCAAUCUUACGGGAUUAUCGGACAAGCGAGUUGCAAUUAUUGGAACCGGAGCUACAGCAGUUCAAAUCGUGCCCCAUCUCGCAAAUCAUGCUAAAGAAGUCUACGUCUAUCAGCGGACGCCUAGCUCCAUUGAUGUCCGGGGGAACACUCCGACUGAUCCAGAAUGGGCCAAGUCUUUGAAGAAGCCAGGUUGGCAGAUGGAGCGAAUGGAAAACUUCGACACGAUUGUUAAUGGCGGUAUCGUGGACAAUGAUAUGGUAAAGGACGGGUGGACCGAUAUUCUGCACAAAUUACUGGCAAGAGGCAAGCCUACCGAUGACCCCAUGAAAGCUGCUGCCGAUCGGCAAGUAGCUGAUUUUGAGAAAAUGGAACAAGUACGAGCACGAGCAAGUACAAUCGUGAAGGAUCAAGCGACAGCAGAAUCAUUGAAGCCAUGGUACAAUCAAUUAUGCAAGCGUCCUUGCUUCCAUGACCAAUAUCUACACGCCUUCAACAAGCCGAACGUUCGCCUAAUAGACACAAGAGGUCAAGGUGUGCAGGACAUCACUGAACGUGGCGUAGUCGCGAACGGGGUGGAGAUCGAAGUAGAUUGCAUUAUCUAUGCUACUGGCUUCGAGCUCGCAUCACAAGUCUCUCAUCGAUGGAACUGCCAGCUCUACGGCCGCAAUGGGCAGACUUUAGACGACAAAUGGGCUGAGGGUGCCAAAACUCUUCAUGGCUGGACGACACGAAAUUUUCCAAAUUGCUUCCUGGUCAGCAUCGUGCAAGCAGCACUAAGCCCCAAUUUCCUGCAUGUUACUGGCGAGCAGGCCAAGCAUUGUGCAUAUAUCAUAAGUGCCGCGAAUACAAGAGGUAUCCAGACUUUUGAGCCAACUGAAGAAGCAGAAGAGAAGUGGACUGAGACGAUUGUUGAGCUCAAUCAAUUGCGGGCUGCAUUCCUCAAAGAAUGUACCCCAGGUUAUUACAACAAUGAAGGUCUACCGACAGACAUCAGAGCUGCCAGAAGUGCGACCUACGGUGCCGGCAGUCCUGCAUUCCAUAAGAUACUGCGAGACUGGCGGACGAAGGAUGAUCUUGAGGGUUUAGAUCUGCGAUACGCAGCUUCCAGUUAG